CAAAAAAACAAGCACAGCUACAGAGCAAUUGUAUCAUCUCGCAAGGGAGUGCCCCUCCAAAAAUGUCAAUUACCUUGUCUUGGACUCGCUGUAACCUCCCACCUCAGGGCGCGCCUCCAAAUCAAAUCUACUGUAACUCCGUACUACCCCGCCUCCGCUACCGUGACUCAAACUUUUUGACUUUGACUGACUCAAUCUUUUUUUUUUGACGUCUCAUUCUGAGAACUAUUUGUAUUCGUGCUUCUUCCCUCUUCUUCCCUAUAUUUUGACAGACACACUCUGCUUGGAAUUGAGAUCAAGUCGCUUUCCAACGUCUCAUUGCCAAGAUGACUAUGCUCAAGGAACCCUGGAAGAAAUACAAGCCGUUUAAGGCUCCUAAACUGCCAAAUCGAACAUGGCCCGACAAGACCAUCGAAAAGGCCCCUCGAUGGCUUUCGAGCUGUCUGCGCGAUGGCAACCAGAGUCUGCCCGAUCCCAUGAACGGCGAGGAGAAGUGGCGAUACUUCAAGAUGCUCUGCGAUCUAGGCUACAAGGAGAUUGAGGUCUCUUUCCCUUCUGCCUCCCAAACCGACUUCGACUUCACCCAACGCCUGAUCCAGACCCCAGGAGCUGUGCCCGACGAUGUCUUCCUACAAGUCCUGUCCCCCUGCCGACCCGACCUCAUCCGCAGAACCGUCGAGUCUGUCCGCGGUGCCAAGAACGCUAUUAUUCACAUCUACCUCGCUACAAGCGCAUGCUUCCGUCAAGUAGUCUUCGGCUACACUGAGGAGCAGACCCUGGAGCUUGCUGUAGAGUGUACCAAGCUGGUCAGAUCUCUGACAAAGGAUAACCCCGAGGCCUCUGGCACCAAUUGGCAAUUCGAGUUCUCUCCUGAGUGCUUCUCAGACACAGACCCUGACUAUGCUGUGAGAGUCUGCCAGGCUGUCAAGGCUGCUUGGGGACCUGAUGCAGCGAAGGGCGACCAGAUUAUCCUAAACCUUCCCGCCACAGUAGAACUGGCGACACCCAACAUCUACGCUGACCUGAUCGAAUACUUCUGCAACAACAUUGGCGACAGACAGGAUGUUUGUAUCUCCCUGCAUCCCCACAACGACCGUGGGUGCAGUAUUGCUGCAGCUGAGCUUGCUCAAAUGGCCGGCGCUGACCGAGUAGAGGGCUGUCUCUUUGGUAACGGCGAGCGAACUGGAAACGUCGAUCUCGUCACCCUGGCCCUCAACCUGUAUACCCAAGGUGUCAGCCCUAACAUCGACUUCUCCGACCUGAACUCAGUUAUCGACAUGGUUGAGUCUUGCACCAAGAUCCCCGUCCACCAACGUGCUCCUUACGGUGGCAGCCUGGUAUGCGCUGCUUUCUCUGGCAGCCAUCAAGAUGCCAUCAAGAAGGGAUUCCAGGACCGCAAGGCCAAGGGUCUUGGCCACGAGGAUCCCUGGAACGGCAUGCCCUACCUGCCCCUGGACCCCCGAGAUAUCGGCCGCAACUACGAGGCCAUCAUCCGUGUCAACUCUCAGUCUGGAAAGGGAGGAAGCGCUUUCAUCGUGCACACCAAGCUCCAGCUUGAUCUCCCCCGUGGUCUCCAAGUCGCCUUCUCUAAGGUCGUCCAGAAGCAGAGUGAGGAGGUCGGACGCGAGCUGCUGGCCAAUGAAAUCACCUCUCUGUUCGAGAAGACAUAUUUUCUCAACGACAACCCCCAUUUCAGCCUAGUAGACUACAGCAUCACCCCUGACCGAUCGCGAUCUCCCGCCCCCGCAGCCCACGGCAGAACCCAAGACACCAAGGACUUCAUUCGUAUCUUUGAGGGUGUCCUUCUGGUAAAUGGCAAGGAGCUGAAGCUGCGUGGUCGUGGCAACGGGCCUAUUUCCAGCAUGGUUUCUGCCCUCAAGGAGCUUAACAUCGAGUUUGAUGUCAAUGACUACAAGGAGCACGCCAUUGGCGAGGGACGCGGUGUCAAGGCUGCCUCAUACAUCGAGUGCAAGCCCGUCGGUAGCAAGCAGUCGGUAUGGGGUGUUGGCAUCCACGAGGAUGUGGUACAGAGUUCUCUGAUUGCUCUCCUGAGCGCAGCCAGCAACUUCGUUACCAGCAGACCCGCCAGCCCUGUUCAGAAGCCCACUGCUGCUCCUGCUCCUCAGGAGACUCCUAGUGUGGUGUCCAUUCUGGAAGAGAAGGCGAAUGGUAUGUAAUGGGAAUGAAAACGAAAAAAGAAAAAGAAAAGAAAACUGAAAAGGGGGCCUAUCUCUCGAUUUACCGCGAACCGCUUGGCAUGUUUGUACAGUUAAUUCAUUGUGUUCAUAUGAAUGAGGGGGCACGGGUGCUAAAAAGCUUUGCCAUCUUGAGGAGUUAGUAAAAAAUUGAAGAUAAUUGACUUGAUCAAAGGUUCGAUAUCAUCGUGACAGCGGGAGUUGCA